CAAAAGCGUCUUUGCCUCUACCUACACUGUCUGUGGCAUCUUAACAAUACCUAUGUCUGUGCCUCGCCACGGUCUCUUGCCCUUCUUUCGUCAACGAUUGCAACACAACCUCGCACCGCGACCAUGCGACUGCGACUGCGACUGCUGCCUCUGCCUAUACCUACGCCAGCAUCCCGAUCCUGUUCUUGCCUUGCCCCACAAUAGGGAUGGCCGACCUCUCGAGUACCGAUGCCGGUCCUUCGCAAGAUGCCAUGGGGCGUAGCGCAGGCACAGCACAGCCCGGAGACCUCCGGUGUUGUUGUGGAAAAGAGGACUGUGCCUUCCUCAAGCAUAAUUGCUCCAUCCUGCUCAGUGUGGAACGCGAUGUCCAUAUGGCUGCGAAGAUGGGCCAAGUGAGUAUUCCCGCCGUAUCCUAUAUUGCACCCCCAAAGCCUCUGAACAACCUAUAUGCACUGUUUAUUUGAUACUCUUUGUCGAACGAGUUGCCUGUCUCGAAUACAAUGUCCCU